UAUUUGUUUUUGAAAAGAAAAUAAAAUGUCUGUAGAUAACAGAGAAUGGUACAUGGCAGCGUAUGCAUCUCAAGGUGUUCCCACCUCUGAACAUCUGAAACUCCGGACUGUCAGUUUACCGGUGGCCGGUGAUUCCAUUCCGGAGGGUCAUGUUGCCGUCGAAAUCCUGUGGCUCUCCGUUGAUCCGUAUCAACGUACUAGAAUGACUGGUUAUAGAGACGGUCUUGAUAUGACUCCUUUUGACCUCGGUCAGGUGAUAUCCACAGUUGGAAUUGGAAGAAUAAUCGAGUCAAAAGAUAGUAAAUAUAAGAAGGGUGAGAUUGUGCUAGGGUUUGGGUUUCCAGUGGGUGAAUUCUGUGUCAUACCAUCGGCCACCAUCACCAGUACGAUUGACCAAAUGCCACAAAAUAUUACUCUGCCACAUUACCUCAGUUGCUUUGGGGUAGCCGGGUUUGCGGCAUGGGUGGCGAUAGAGGUGAUAGGUGAACCAAAGGCAGGAUCCAAUGUGUUUAUCUCAGCUGCAGCCGGCGGUGUUGGAAUGGUCGCCGGCCAAUUAGCUAGGCUCAAGGGUUGCAGGGUUAUCGGAAGUGUUGGAUCUGAUGAAAAGAUAAAACUUUUGAAGGAUGAAUUUGGGUACGACGAUGCCUUCAACUACCACAAAGAAACCGACUUUGAUGCAGCUUUGACAAAGUAUUUUCCAAAUGGAAUUGAUUUAUAUUUGGAUAACGUCGGGGGUAAAAUGUUGGACGCCGUUCUCAAACACGUCAACCGUCAUGCUCGAAUCCCACUUUGUGGAAUGAUUUCUCAAUACAACAAGGUUAGCACAGAAAGAGACAGCAUUAAAAAUUUGUUUAACAUGAUUGGGAAGGAGGUUCGGAUGGAAGGGUUUAUGAUAAGUACAUAUUUCAAUCGAUUCCCAGAUUUCGUGAAGGAAAUGGAAGGGUAUUUAAGUCAAGGAAAAAUAAGCUUCAAACACAAUAUCUUCAAUGGGAUAGGAAGCUUUUUAGAUGCCUUAGGAUCCAUGUUCUCUAGCUCUAACUUUGGAAAAGUUAUCAUUAAAGUUCAGUAAUGCUACUACAUUAUUCAGAAUAAACAAUCCUAGAUGAAACUAUUUUGUAA